AUGAAUCAACAAGCACAAUAUUAUCAAUAAGAAUAUUAAGCACAACCGCAACCUCGCAUUAAAAAGGCUAAAAGCUUUGAUGAAGAUGAUAAUGAUAACUUAGAAGUACUCAAGCUGAAAUAACUUAGAUUAUCAAACAAGGUUAUGGGAUUCAUGAGGCUUUGAAAAUUGACAUUCUGGAAUUUUAUAAAAGUUGUAGAACAUAACAAGAAUACAAGAAUCCAGCAGAUUUUGUGAAGCACAGAUUAGAUGGCAAGUAUGGACCUUAUUGGUUUGUAUUUAUGUGGGAACAUAAGAAUGGGCUGAAUGCUCAAUACAGUUACUAUAAUAAUGAUGACAAAGUAUUGGAAUUCAAAGUAAUUACUAUUGAAAUUAUAAGUCAAAUGGUUGGCAUGUCUUAAUCUAUUCCUUUAACCAAACCUAGCAACCAGCAUAAUUCAAACCAUAACCAAAUGCUUAGACUAUGCCUUAAUAUAAUACGUAAAAUAAAUUCUAUACAAUCUUAGGUAGUUUCCACCUCCUUUGUAUGAUUAAAGAUUUGAUGACUAUUAAGUGGAUCCCAGAUAUCCUUACUCUUAAAUGCAAUAAGGACCAUCUCAAUACAGAUAAGGAGGAUGGUAUUACUGAUUAAAUAAUUUUAUUGAUAAAAUAUAAGUUUUGUAACGAAG